AUGGGCGAGCAUAUCCGAGGCAUCCUCAACCGCCCCUCCGUCAUCUCCGACGCCGCCAUCGAGCGUUUGCCGCAAGUGGAGACCAACAUCGUCCUCGACCUCCCGCCAUCUCUCCAGGAAACCAUCAGGGCCUUGCAGCAGCUCUCCAGCGGGAAAGCACCCGGAUCGGACGCAAUCCCUGCUGAGGUCUUCAAGCACGGAGGUCCCCGACUCAUGCACCACCUGACUGCGAUCUUCCAGGAGCUGUGGCGUAAAGAUGAAGUCCCGCAAGAUUUCAAGGACGCAACUAUCGUGCACCUUACCAAGCGAAAAGAGAAUCGCCAAGUCUGCGACAAUCACGCCGCAUCUUCAUGCUGA